AUGAAGUUGACCCACGGGCUAGAGCUAGGGUAUACUUUCCUUUUUCUUCCUUCGAUUUUCCGUUUCUUUUCUGUUGUUCUCAUUCUAGAAAGACGAAGAGGAUCUUCAGGGGAACCUUAAAAAUGCAAAUCCGUCAUCUGGGAUUACCUUUUUGAGUGGAAAUUUUGGUAGGUUGGUUGGUUUUUGAUUUUUUACAUAUAUGAUGCAGGAAGCUGAGGUUGGGCAGUUCUGAGGGACAAAUUUGAAGAAUUUAGACUUUAGGGGUUUUGGGUUGGAAGAAAAGGUUGCUCUUUUUCUUAUUGUCUAUCAGUUUUUGAGUUUGGUUUUGGUAGUUUUUGGUGGAGGUUGAUUUGUUCUGUUAUAUUACUGUGAAGAAUAUUGGUUGUAUGAGCUUGGAGCACAAAGUUUGAAGAUUUUGAGUUACUACUGCCUUUUAGAUAUCUAGAGAAAAUCAAUACUGGUUUGUGGACUGGUUUUUUGCAGCCUAUUUGAAUGCUUUAGGUUGCUGUUGUGAAAUAUUUGCUAGCUGCUGUAUGAGCUUGGAUUUUGAGGUUCUGGGAUUUCCUGUUGAAGCUUUUGAAUGGUUUGACUUUGUGGGUGUUUGGAAAAACUGAGAUUAGUUUGUUGUGGUUCAUUUUGGAGUUUAGUUUUUUGAAAUGGAUAAUUCGAGGAAUCGGCAUAAUGAUCAUCUCGGUGUGAACAAGAUUGGAAAGAAUAUAAAGAAGAGCCCAUUGCAUCAACCUAAUUUUGCUAAUAAUGCAGCUAGGCAGCAGCCUCAGCCUCAGGUUUACAAUAUAAGCAAAAAUGAUUUCAGGAACAUUGUUCAGCAGCUCACUGGUUCGCCUUCACCAGAUCCUUUGCCCAGACCCCCACAGAAUUCUCCAAAACCCCAAAGUUUGAGGUUGCAGAAAAUUAGGCCUCCACCAUUGGCGCCAAUCAAUCGACCCCAUAUUCCACCUCCAGUUCCGGUCCCUGCCCCUGCUCAUGCACCAGCCACAGUUCCCCCUCCUGUUUCUUAUAACAAUAGCUUUGUUAGACCUGGUCAAUAUGGACAACCAUCACCUACAAUGUUACAACCUAUGAUACCCGGAGAUGCUGUUUGGGCAAACACAGCUGAAUCUCCUAUCUCAGCUUAUAUACGAUACCUACAGACUUCUCUUAUAGAUCCAAGUCCAGUUGGAAACCAAGUUCAACCUCAACUACACCCCCCCGUUACAGGUCAACCUCAGCCUCCACCACCAUCUUCUGGUUUACUUCCUAAUCCACAAAUAUCAGCUCUCCCUUCCCUAAAAGGAGUAAAUGGUCCUGUACCACCGAUGCCUAAUCUUCCUUCUCCGGGAAUGAAUGGUCCUGUUCCACAAAUGCCUUAUCUUCCAUCACCAGGGAUGAAUGGUCCUGCCCAUUUACCCUCACCAACUUCUCAGUUCCAUUUGCCAUUACCUACUGGUUACAUGAAUUUGUUGUCCCCCCGCUCCCCUUACCCUUGGCUGUCUCCUGGGUUUCAAUUUCCUCCAAUGACUCCCAAUUUUGCUUUUUCACCCAUGGGUCAAUCAGGGAUUUUAGGUCCAGGGCCUCACCCUCCGCCUUCCCCUGGUCUUGUGUUCCCAUUGUCACCUUCUGGUUUCUUUCCCUUCCCAAGUCCAAGAUGGAGGGAUCAAUAGUUCAAGAUAUUGCAUUGUUGUUCUCAUCAGUUCUGUGCUUGUUGAGGAACCAGGACCUUCCUCAAGCAGGAUCAUCUCCUUCGCAUGGAGGUUCAAUUGUGAAAAUAUAAUGUACACUGCUGGCGUAAGGGUCUUCUUAAAGUUCUAUUUUCUUUUGUCAUGUCCAUACCAUUUCACAAGUUGUUUGUGCUUAGGCUUUGUAACAGCUGCAAUGUUUUUGUAUUCUUGGACAAGUUUUACUUAGGAAAUAGUGAAGAUUACAUAACUCAGUUGGACAUCUGGACAGGAGCUGUAACUUGCAAGGAGGUAGGAUCACGGGCAUAAAAAAAUUAUAUAGUUAGGCAAUCUAGUUGAAAAUUCUUGUGUAGUUGUGAUGUUGUGGAUUAAAUCCUUAUUAGUUUUAGUUAAUUUCUUGUUCAA